AUGGCACUCCCUGGUGAGCUAUCGUCUGAGGAGGAGGGGAGCACGGGCCCCUCAAAAAAUUACGACUACCCGCUGAGGAAGGAGCUUGAAGAGCUCAGAGGCGAGAAAGCAGCCCUCGCACAGCAACUGGAGUGCCAACAACAGCUGAUAAUUCAGCUAAAACAGGAGGUAGCAGCGCUACAAGAGUCGGUGCGAACCAGUGUAGCAAAAAAUUGUGUAGCAAGAAAUAGUCGUGAACCGAUCGUCAUCGACAGCGGGGGAGCACCAGCAGCAAUAGAGGACUCAACAAGAGCCAACGAAGAGUGCGAGAUGGACAGCGUGGGAUCAUCACCAUCACCAAACCCCGAAGUCAACGACGAACGUGACCCGUUCAACUUCGUGCGGAGGAGGAAAAGUAACAAGAUAAAGGUUAGUGUAAAAACUGUAACCGCUCCUAAACAGGCUAUGAAGGCUAUGAAGCCAAUCAUGGAGGCGAUACUUGAGAAAGUUAAUAAUCUUACUCAACAACAAGAUGUGACGGGCCAGGAGAUUCAGCGUCUUUUGAGUAACUACCGGAAAGAUUCGGUAGCUCGUAAGACAAGGGAAUAUCUUACGACGAGAUUGGAACAAUUGGAAAAUCUCUGGACAGCCUUUUCGGAGAGAAAUGAAGAGCUUGAAGAGUUAGCGCAUUAUCUUCCAGCUCAUCCAUAUUUCGAGAAACAAUAUUUCUCUUCAAUGCAGCGCGAGUACACCAAGUACAAGGAGGACAUUGCGGAACGCCUUCAGGGUUUGGAAGGCACGUCCAAGUUGAAUAUCGAUUUGGGUAAAUCAGCCACGGGUGCUUUAGAUACAAAGGCCGCCACGGCAGCAAACAAUGCUCAGAACGAGCUUCCCAGCGAUGUCGUGGUACUAAUAAGGCAACAGCAAUCAAGGAUACGGGCUGUGGAAAACAUUACUAGCGGCAUCGACACAGUCGAACAGGCACAGCCCAAAUCAUACUACGAAUUGAAGGCAGCUACUUUAUCAAAGUACUGGGAAGAGUUGCGUCAAGGCCAUCAGAAUAUAUGGCAAUAUUCCAGCGAUCCAAAUGAGUUAGGGUACAACGAGGAGAAUUUUCUCAACCUCGAAGAGCGAAUUCAAGACACUUUAAUAUUUCUCGCUGAAUGCCGUUCAAAGCUAGAGCCUAGCAUAGCUACCGCUACAAGGGCCUUUCCAAGCAUCAGCUUGCCACACGUGACAAUUCCUGCCUUUGACGGCGAUUAUGCACAAUGGCAAUCCUUCCACGACUUAUUCCGCCAGAUGAUCCACGAGCAGCAAUUGGGAAAUGCUCAGAAAAUGUGGUAUUUGAAGACCAAUCUAAAGGGUGAAGCAGAGCGACUUAUACGUCAUCUGCCCAUCACUGACGAAAAUUAUGACAUUGCAUGGACAACGCUAACAAACCGCUACAGCAAUCAACGAUUGAGGGUAGCCACGCUAUUGGAUAGGUUCACACAACAGCCGAUGAUUACUUCGGAUUCCCCCAGUGCUUUGAAAAAACUUCAUGACAUUACGAAGGAAUGUCUAGCAGGACUCAAGAACUUUAAUAUCAAUAUAGCUAGUUGGGAUCCCAUUUUAUUACAUAUUUUACUGAAGAAGUUAGACAAGGUUACGCACGCCUUAUACGAACAAACUUUGACUUCACCACGAGAACUGCAGCCGGUUGAUGCAUUUCUCGCGUUUUUGGAAAGACGCUUUCAGUCUUUAGAGGCCUUGUGUAGCGACAAGAGGAGUACGACUCAAAACAAACCUACAAACCGAACCUCGGCUUUAAUAUCCACCAAGGACAGUCAAUCUUUACAGUGCAAAAACUGUAAGGGAAGCCAUCGAAUCUACACAUGUGAAGCCUUUAAACAAUUGUCCAUCUGGGAUCGAGUAGCCAAAAUCAAGCAGCUGAGGCUAUGUUUGAACUGCCUACGGGAAGGACAUCGAAGUGCACAAUGCAGCGCAGGAAGUUGUCUUAAAUGUGGAAAGAAGCACAACACUCUACUACAUAUGGACGCCAACAAUCAAGACAAAACAACGCCCUCUAUCACCGCAAUUCAAACAACAGCCAACGCCACCAAGCAAGGUCAAGUAUCAAGUAUUGUAAAGGACAAGGGUUCUACAAAUGUCAACCAUUCUAUUGCAUUAUCAACGGAAAUAUCAGCAUCAGAGGGACCUUUUGUUCUAUUAGCUACUGCACUCAUCAAGGUGACAAACCAAAAGGGCAAGUCGAUAGAAAUGAGAGCUCUGCUGGAUAGUGGCUCCCAAAUAAACAUAAUUACAGAAACGGCUGUGAGAAAGCUGGGACUACAACCAACUAGUUACCAUAUACACAUUCGUGGUCUGGGCGGAGCGUCGCAACAAUCGCAACAGAAGGUAACGUUGUCAUUGCAAUCAAGAAUCACUACGUUUGCACGGAAGAUAGACGCUAUAGUUUUACCACAUAUAACAUCCUCUCAACAAUCGCAAGGUCUGAAUUCAAGGAAUUGGGCCAUACCCGGCAACAUUCAGCUUGCCGAUCCUCAUUUUGACCGGGAAGGGCGUAUUGAUCUACUUCUCGGAGCUGACAUCUACUACGAACUAUUAGCUACAGGGCAAAUGCGGCUAUCAAGGAACCUGCCACUGCUGCAAAACACGGUCUUUGGUUGGAUAAUUGCUGGAAGGGUUGCAACAUCCUAUCAGAAAGAGGUUACAUGCGGCAUCCUCAACACCGAUGAUUCCAAACUCAGCGAGCAGAUAGAGCGUUUUUGGAAACUGGAGGAACCAGAAUCUACAGAGAACCUUGCGAUGACAACACAAGAAAUAAAGUGUGAAAAUCAUUUUGUUCAAACCAUGAAACGAACGAACAAUGGACGUUUCAUUGUGAAACUGCCUUUCAAGGUGGAUCCAGCAAAACUCGGCAAAUCUAGGGGCAAUGCGGAAAGGCGACUUUUCAAAUUAGAAUGGAGAUUAGCACGAAACCCAGAACUACGCAAACAGUACAAUGAAUUUAUGGACGAAUACAAGCAACUGGGGCAUAUGACGGAAAUAGAUGAAGGAAGUAUUCCGAGUCUUCAUUAUUUUCUUCCCCAUCAUAGCGUUCUGAAGCCAGAGAGCACCACCACUAAACUUAGAGUAGUUUUUGACGCCUCUUCGGAAACCUCUUCUGGAUACAGUUUGAACGAUGUACUUGCUACAGGCCCUACCAUCCAAUCCGAAUUAUUUACCAUUCUUGUACGAUUUCGGCUGCCUUGCUUUGUUUUUACUGCUGACAUCGAAAAGAUGUAUCGACAAGUCCAGGUGUCGGAGGAAGACAAGAGAUUUCAACUAAUUCUAUGGCGAAAUGAGCCUAAUGAACCUAUAAGAUGUUAUCAGCUGAACACGGUCACAUAUGGUACUUCCUCUGCACCAUAUCUAGCCACCAAAUGCCUACAAGAAUUGUCAUCACAGACAACGCACAAAUACCCAUCCGGUUCGACUGCAUUAAGACGGGAUUUUUAUAUGGACGAUGUGAUGUCAGGUGCAAACACCUUGACAGAAGCUAUUGAGACGCAACAUCAACUUCGCACAAUCUUGCAAUCAGCCGGCUUUAAGCUUCGAAAGUGGUGUGCAAACAACAAGAAUCUUUUAAACAACAUUCCUGUUGAAGAUCAGGCACUCCAACUGGACAUAACCCAAGAAGGGGAGGAAAACGUGAAGACACUCGGAUUAGUUUGGACUCCUAAGACAGAUGAAUUUCAAAUUAGAUGCCCAUACACGGAAUCUAAGAAAGUAACAAAGAGAUCAGCGCUAUCCGAUAUCGCUCAUCUGUUCGAUCCGCUAGGAUUGAUGGCACCAGUUACAGUUACUGCUAAAAUCUUCCUUCAAAGGCUGUGGAGUCUCAAAAUGGGUUGGGAUGAAGAAAUUCCUUUAGAACUACAGGCGGAAUGGUCAAGAUAUUAUAAUGACUUGCAGGGGCUGAAUCAAAUUAAGGUACCUCGUCACAUAUUUGGAGGGAAGGUACCUGAAAAAAUACAGUUACAUGUCUUUUCGGACGCUUCGGAAAAGGCGUAUGGUGCAGCGGUAUAUUUACGAGCUAUUCAGUCAGAUGGGGUUCGCACAGUUCGUCUUUUAUGUGCAAAGUCGAAGGUGGCACCAUUAAAACGAGUGACCCUACCAAGAUUGGAAUUGUGUGCAGCAAGGCUAGCAGCUGAACUCGUUCAUCGGCUUAAACGGGACAUAGAAAUUCCAGACUAUAAUUGCUUUUACUGGACCGACUCCGAAAUUGUCCUAAAUUGGAUCAAUGCAGAAGCAUCGUCAUUUUAUACGUUCGUGGCUAAUCGAGUCGCUGCUAUACAACAAAAAUCCUCACCCAAACAAUGGAGGCACAUACAUUCGAAGGAGAAUCCAGCAGAUUUGGUAUCGAGAGGUGUCGCUCCAGGAAAACUGCAGAAUUAUGCCCUCUGGUUCUAUGGGCCUAUAUUUCUUCAUGGGACUGAAGAGUGCUGGCCGGAAAGGUUUCAUAGUGUAGAUACCACCUUGGAGAAAAAACGUUCAAAAUUGGUAUUGGCCAUGGUGAAGGACUCAAUCUCCCUUAUCAAUCAAAUCGACCAUCAAAACUCUUUUCAACGACUGCAACGCAUAAUGGCACAUGUGCUACGGUUCGUUAGGAAUGCACGAACAACGAACCAAAAGGAACGAGAAAAAUCGCUCUUAACUGCAAGCGAAAUGGAGGAAGCCUUGCGAGUAAUAGUAAAGGAAGCUCAAUUGGAUGUGUAUCGAGAAUCUAUGCAGCAACUAACAUGUAACAAGCAAUUAAACAACAGCGAUCCAUUGAGCAGUCUGCAUCCAUUCUUAGACGAAUUCGGACUUUUGAGAGUCGGCGGUCGGCUUGAAGCUUCAAAUUUAACCUAUGAUACCAAACACCCGAUCGUUCUUCCUUACGGCCAUUACGUAACUCGAUUGAUUUUAAAUGAUCUGCAUCAUAAGCAUCUUCACGCCGGACCACAAGCCUUAUUGGCAAUAGCGAGACAACGAUUUUGGCCUAUCAAGGGCAAAGCAGCCAUCAGAUCUAUCGUGCAGAGCUGUAUGAAAUGCGCAAGGGCGAAACCAAAACUCAUGACGCAGCUCAUGGGAAACCUGCCCGCCCAUCGAGUACAACCAGCCAGACCAUUCACGAAUACUGGUAUCGACUUCGCCGGCCCUCUAUGGAUUCACUUUAAGGGGACAGGCAAUCGUCCGCAAAAGGCGUACCUUGCUGUUUUUUGUUGCUUUGCAACAAAGGCGGUGCACCUGGAACUAGUGACGAAUCUAACGACAGAAGCCUUCCUCAAUGCGCUGAAACGUUUCAUUGGGCGUAGAGGACAUUGUCGAAAUCUAUAUUGCGACAAUGCAACUAACUUUGUGGGCGCCAAAAAUCAACUAGCAGAAUUAAACGAAAGCAUAUACGGGGAACAAUCCCAAGAACAACUGAUCAAUUUUUGCACACCCAAGGGUAUUGAUUUUCAUUUUAUUCCACCAAGAUCGCCUCAUUUCGGUGGCCUGUGGGAGGCGGCAGUAAAAUCUGCCAAACACUUUUUAAUCAGAAACACGUCCCCAGCAAAACUUACGUAUGAAGAAAUGGCAACUUUAAUAAUCGAAGUCGAGGCUAUUUUGAAUUCAAGGUCACUGACACCUCUAUCAUCCGAGGCGAGAGACCUUACGGCAUUAACUCCAGGCCAUUUCUUAAUUGGGGAACCACUAACGAACCCAGUUGAUGUACACGCCCAAGCAGUAAAGGCAAAUUUACCGCAAAGAUGGAAGGAAAUCAACGACAUAAAGAAUAGAUUCUGGCAAAGAUGGUCAAGCGAAUAUUUGUCGGAACUGCAACAGCGUCAAAAAUGGAAACAGAGCUGCGAAAACGUAAAACCUGGAAUGCUGGUGGCUAUCAAAGAAGACAAUAUUCCCGUUCUGCAGUGGAGAUUGGGGCGAAUCAUAAAGGGGAUAAAAGGUCGAGAUGGUCUAAUAAGAAUAGCAGAGAUCAAAACAUCGUCAGGAGUCCUACAGAGAGCAAUUCAUAACUUAGCACCGUUACCGGUAGAACCGAACGACACCGAAGACUCCUCGCAGGAAAAACCCCCAGCUCCAUCAAAGGAACGGAUUAUAGAUACCUGCACGCAAAACUCAGAAGCAACUCGAUGUUCAAGAGCGAAGAAGAAGAGAAUUUCGCACUCCCCUGUAAACCUGCUACUGUGGACGAUUGAUCCAGAAUAA